AUGGAACUUCCGACAGCGCCGGCUGGAUCCAACACCACCGGCGGCAUGGUGCCACCAUUGCCCGCACAGUUCGAAACCAUGAGAUCCACUUCAAUCCCACACGUGCAGCAGCUGAUGUUCGAUCUACCGAAGCAGCGGAAGAUUAUUGGCAUUAUCCUCAUUCAGGUUGCCAUCCUCAUCGGCGUGAUUACGAUCGGGCAGCAGUACAGAAAACGGGGAGCGGUCGUAGUGUACUGCGAAACGGAGGACUGCGUAAGACACGCCGUCGACCUGUUGACCAGCGUUGACAAUUCCGUGCACCCAUGCCGAAGCUUCUACGGCUUUGUGUGCGGCCGCUGGUCCAGAACCCACACGCGAGACGACCUACUGGAAGAGAUUCACUCCAGAGCGGUGAACAUCGCGCUAAGCCAGCUGGACCGGGACGCCUUGCAAUCCACCAAGGCUUCGGCUUUCUUCAAGAGUUGCAUGGACUCGAAGCUACAAAGACACGAAAAUGUCCGCAAACUUGUUGCGCUGAAGAGAGAACUGGGACUUGUAUGGCCCGAGGAGCCUUACGGGAACGACCACCCUUUGAGCGUGAUGCUGAAGAUGGCGAUAAAGUGGAACCUCAAUUUUCUUUUCCAAGUCCGGUUUGUUUCUGGGCGAGAGAGCUAUCGCACCUUGUUCAUUACCAGAGGCUUCCUGGGCAUCACUUGGGAAGAGAGCCAGGAAAAAUCGCUCAGUAGCUACAGGAAGCACGUGGAAGAGCACUUCAAAGUCCUCAGCGUCACUCCUUCCAACGUAAACUAUACUGAACUCUGGCAACUAGAAGAUGCCAUCAUUCAAGCGAAAUUGGAUGUAAUUCACGAAAACCCCACCCAGGACUGGUUUCCCAUUGGAAAAAUUGGACAUCGGACGCCUUCGAUUCCGGUAGAGCUCUGGAUUCGGCUUCUGAACAAGUACUUUCGGGACCAGUACACCUGGACUCUAGAUAGCUUUAUUGCAGUGGAACAUUACAAGAUUCUCGAGAACAUAGAGAAGCUGUUCCAAUCAUACGGGGAGGAUAAAUUCGCUAUCGGACUUGCAUGGGUAUUUAUUCAAACCCACCUGUGGGUACUUUAUGGCAAGCCAGAACUUCAGUUUAAGCGUAGCCACGAAACGAUUCAGAAGUACGCUUGUUUAGAAUACGUUAAUCUUUACUUCGGCUUGCAGAGCAUAGUCGAUCACGUGGUGCAUCGCUACGCCUCCAAAGAAAUGCGUAAAAAGGUCGAAAGUUUGCCUGGUCGAAUCAAGCGCGCAGCCACUACCAAGAUCAGGGAGGCGAUGUGGAUACCAAACGACAUGAAAGAAAACUAUGCGAGAAAGGUCUCCAACAUCGAAAUGAGCCUUCUUCCACCAUCAGACUUCUUCACUGUCAAGGGCCGAGAAGAUAUUUAUGGCAUCUUCCCAGCGAUAAAUGGCAGCUCCUUCAUGGCUAACCUUUUGACUGUCGCUAAUUUUUACGCCAGCUUGGUCAGCCAUGAACGCUACCAAGACAUCUACAGCAGAACCACGUCCGCAACGUAUGGGCCUGCACGGUACAUCGACCCAGUCAACUCUGUCCUCGUCCCAAUGAAUGCUCUCGAGCCUCCGCUCUACUACACGCAAGCCGUUGCUUCCAUCGAAUACGGAGGGUUGGGCUCGUACCUGGCCAGGGAAGUGUCCAGAUGUUUUGGUCCUCGUGGCGUUAACGGAGACGAGGAGUACGGAAACGACACUCUCUGGUGGGAGACCACGAACAGGGCGUCGGAACACAAACGAAAUAGUGACUGCGUGUGGAACGGCACUGCAAAGACGAACGGUCGCAACGGCAAAGCUGUCGAUCUUUUUCCAUCCCUCCCAGCUCUGGAGAUUGCCUUCGCAGCGUACAAGGAAGUGGUCUCGGAACCAGACAACGGAGCAGCGGACGUCAAGUUGCGUACCCUCGAUCAGUACACCGGAGACCAGCUAUUCUUCAUGACGUACUGUCACGGGAUGUGCUCGGCUAAAGCCCAUGGAAACGCGGAGAUCUGCGACACGUCUCUAAUGAAUUUCCGCCCAUUCGCCGAAACGUACAAGUGCCCAGCCGGCUCACCUAUGAACCCGGCUCAAAAGUGUUCACUUUUUAAUGGUAACUGA